UGGUAGGUACCAUUGCACUUCGCUGCUGCAGCUCCUCCUGCAUCUAGCGAGGAAAGCAGAGCAGCGCAGAAGCAGAGCAACAGGAGAGCAGGGGCCAACAAACAAGCAGAGCAUUGUUUGUUUCUCUUCUGUCGGUACUGUCUGUAUUGUCUGUAUUGUUUGUACUGUCUGUACCGUCUCUACCGUCUCAGAGAAGACAAGAUUCGAUUCAUCCUAUCGCGAUUGUCUGCCUGCUUGGACUUAAAACCAACCUGCGAGCCGCUCUCCGCUUCUACCACCGUCUACCGCUGUUGCUACGACUACUGUCAUACCGGUCAACUGUUGUUCUCUAGGUUGUCCCUACACUGUUUAGAAUUGUUCUUCAGACCGUACCCGCCUCGAUGUCGUCUUGAGUGAGUUGCGUCGGCACUCAGCUCGGCUCGACCCUCUCUGUCUUGUUCAUUUCAUCCACCCUUUUUUUUGAUCUGAUUCUAUUCUCUCGCUUGAAUACCCGUUAAGUCUAUUCUUCUAUCUGAUGUUCGCCUCUUUCGACCUCCUGUUCGUUCAGCAUGGCCACAAUUGAGCCGCGAUUGAUCCACCUUCUAAACGAGUCAACCACCACUCCGAAGCCCUACAAUGCCGAGCUCCCGCCCAUCAAGAACCUCAACUACCCUCAAAACUCCUCCCGCCCCCAUCCCAUCGAACCCGGUGCUGGCCAGAGGUCUGACAAGCUCGAUGCCGCUGGAGGGCCCCUAGCCUCACAGUCGAUACCACCGCUGUAUUCUAUCACCGAAGAGACCCUCACAGCCUCGUCAAGAAAAGAGGUUCCGACCUACUCCACGACUGACCGCCCAUUCUCCACCCAUGUCUCGUCUCAAGAUCUGCGCAUGAUACUGGAGGAUAUACCGGCCGACAUUGUGGAAGAUGUCUCAACCAAGAAGCGGCCGGUUAAGGAAGAUUUUCCUCAAUUGCCACAGCCACUCAAGAAACAGAAAGCGACUGCCCACAUGUUUCCCCCCAUAAUAGUUGGCCUGCUCGAGCCGCCCUCGGAUCCCGCGCUUUUUCCGCCUAUGUCAUCCGGAUCUUUUGAACCCCAUCAACGCUCUGAGCCUCAACAGGCUCUGAAUCUCACAAAACCAGUUGAAGUCACGGGCGUUCCCGAAGAAAAUACCGCUCCAAGCCCCCCUCCAGAUGCCGAUCGAACACCUUCAGGGAAAGUCAAGCGGAGAGCAGCAAAGCCACGUCGGAAGUGGUCUGAAGAAGAAACCAACCAUUUACUGCUAGGUGUCAGCAAGCAUGGGGUUGGUAGAUGGACAGAUAUUCUCGAAGACCCGGGCUAUAAGUUCAAUGAUCGGACAGCUGGUGACCUUAAAGACCGAUUUCGCACCUGCUGUCCCGAGGAGCUACGUAACAGCACUGGUAUCAAAGGUGAUGGGCUGGAGCCACAACCAACACAUAGAAACGAAAAGAAGCCCAAGAAGGGGAUCAUGUCAGAGAACAUAUUGAAUGACACAGAAGAGGAAGUUGAGGUCGACAAGGACUGGCCGGCACAAAACGAUUUGGAUUCAGCACCAAAACAACGCAAAAGCAGAGCACACCGAAAGAAAUUGGAAGAUCUGGCAGAGCUUGGUAUCAAAGGACCGUUCAAGAAGUCACAACGGAGGGAGAGACGACCAUUUUCUGAACAGGAUGACAGGGAGAUACUAGAAGGGUUUGAACUAUAUGGCCCUCAUUGGACGAAAAUCCAGAGGGACCCCAGGUUCAAUUUGUCCAGUAGACAACCGACAGAUUUACGGGACAGGCUACGAAACAAAUAUCCCGAGAAGUUUGUGAACACUGAAAAGACGACUAUGCAAAUCCGGGAACCCGGAGGGCGAGGCAAUAGUCUGCUAGAGCCAUCUGUCAACAUGAACAUUGAUGGCUCUCUAAAUCUCUCCAAAACAUCUCUUCUGGAACCACAAUUAAUCAGAACCAGCUCACGGGAUGAGAUACCAAAGUGGCCAUCACUGGGCGGCGCCGUGGAGCUUGGGGAGCAAGCCCCAACACAUUCAAGCUUAUAUUGGGGCGAAAGUGGAGGAGGCUUCCCGUCUGGUGAGAUGGGCAUUUCCCGUCUCCUGCUCGACGACACUCAGAUGAGCGAACCACUUACUACAGACAGAAGAGGCUUUGGCUGAGCAGGACGCUACAACUCCUCGAAAACAUUACGUUCAUAUAGGAUAUAAGGGUAUAUGGGCCCAUGAGAGAACGAGAAUGCGACUGGAAGCCAGUUUUCGACGAGGAUCCAUAUCACUUGCGACAGUGUCAAGUUUGGCAUACA